AUGGUAGCCAUAAACUUUCUUCACAUGAAUGCAGGAAAUGGAGAAAUUAGCUAUGCUAAUAACUCACUCGCCCAAAAAAAAAUUAUAUUGAAGGCAAGGGCAUUUCUUGAGGAGGCCAUCAGAGAUAGGUUCGUCUCAGCAGGCUUUCCCAGCUGUGUUAAACUAGCAGAAUUGGGUUGCUCUUCAGGAACAAACGCCCUUUUGGCCAUCUCCGAAAUUAUUGACACCAUUCAUGAAAUGUCACAAAGGAUUAAUUGUGAGUCUCCUGAGUUCCAAGUGUUCCUCAAUGAUCUUCCAGAAACUGACUUUAACAACAUUUUCAAAUCGUUGCCUGCUUUCUAUGAGGGGCUGAUGAAAGAAAAGGGAGGCAAACUGGGGAAUUGCUUUGUGACAGGAAUGCCAGGUUCUUUCUACGGGAGGAUCUUUCCCACAAGGAGCCUAGAUUUUGUCCAUUCUUCUGCAAGUGUUCAUUGGUUGUCUCAGGUUCCUGCUGGACUAAAAAAUAACAAAGGACACAUAUAUAUAAUGGCAAACACAUGUCGUCCCGAUGUUCUUAAAGCCUACACGAAACAGUUUCAGAGGGACUUCACAAUGUUUCUAGGGUUGCGGUCUGAGGAAAUUAAACCUGGAGGGCGUAUGGUUAUUACUAUAACAGGAAGGAGCAUUGAAGAUCCCUCUAGCAAAGAUUGUUGUGACCUUUGGGAGCUGUUAGCAAAAUCACUCCUCGACAUGUUGGCUGAUGGACUUGUUGAGGAGGCGGAUGUGGACUCGUUCAACCUUCCUAUGUACAAUCCCUUUGAGGGUGAAGUGAAGGCUUUAAUUGAAGAGGAGGGGUCUUUCAAUCUUGAUAAGCUAGAAACUUUCGAAGCCAGUUGGGACCCCUACGAUGACAGUGACAAGACUAGGAGCGGACAAAAUGUAGCAAAUUGUAUAAGGAGUGCUACAGAGCCCAUGUUGGCUACUCAUUUUGAAGAUGCCAUAAUCCCUGAUCUAUUUGCAAGGUAUGCAAACCGCGUCGCUGAGCAUCUCUCAAUGGAAAAGGGGCAUCACUUCCUCGUAGUGUUUUCUUUGACAAAGAAGUAAAUGCUGCAAUAAUAUUCUAGAGUGGAGCAGUUGGUGUUUGGACCAGCUAUUUAAUAAGGAUACACGUACGCACUACGUACUGUAAGGAAUAAAAUAAGUUUGUGAAAAUAACUCUGUUUCACCCUCUUAUAUUUUAAUGUCAUAUUUAGAUUACUUGUGUUGAUUA